AUGAAAUCCCUUGGCAGGGAUUUGGAAAAUGAAGAAUCAUCCCAGAGGCUUCUUGCAACUCUCCGUGAUCACUUUGGUUCUGUGAACUGUGUUAGGUGGGCUAAGCAUGGUAGGUAUGUUGCUUCAGGAUCUGAUGAUCAAGUGAUUCUAAUUCAUGAGAGGAAGCCUGGUUCAGGAACCACUGAGUUUGGUAGUGGGGAGCCCCCUGAUGUUGAGAAUUGGAAAGUUGCAAUGACUUUGAGAGGGCAUACUGCAGAUGUGGUGGAUCUUAAUUGGUCUCCAGAUGACUCGAUGUUGGCCAGUGGAAGUUUAGAUAACACCAUACACAUCUGGAAUAUGAGCAAUGGUAUUUGCACUGCUGUUCUAAGGGGUCACUCUAGCCUGGUUAAAGGAGUUACUUGGGAUCCAAUUGGUUCAUUCAUAGCAAGUCAAUCAGAUGAUAAGACUGUAAUUAUUUGGCGAACAAGCGACUGGAGUCUUGCUCACAGGACAGACGGCCACUGGGCAAAAUCACUUGGAUCAACCUUUUUCAGGCGGCUGGGAUGGUCCCCUUGUGGCCACUUCAUUACUACCACUCACGGGUUCCAGAAACCAAGGCAUUCUGCACCUGUCCUAGAGAGAGGGGAAUGGUCCGCUACAUUUGACUUCUUAGGACAUAAUGCCCCCGUCAUCGUAGUGAAGUUUAAUCAUUCAAUGUUUAGGAGGAAUAUUUCCAAUGCUCAGGAAAAAGCAGCACCUGUGGGGUGGACUAAUGGGGCUUCAAAGAUGGGUGGGAAAGAGAAAGAACCACAACCUUAUAAUGUCAUUGCAAUUGGGAGUCAGGAUAGAACCAUAACUGUCUGGACAACUGCAAGUCCCCGGCCUCUCUUUGUAGCAAAGCAUUUCUUUACUCAAAGUGUUGUGGAUUUAUCCUGGAGCCCUGAUGGUUAUUCACUUUUUGCUUGUUCUUUGGAUGGGUCAGUGGCUACUUUCCAUUUUGAGGUGAAAGAGCUUGGCAAUAGGUUAACUGAUGCUGAACUGGAUGAAUUGAAGAGAAAUCGUUAUGGUGAUGUUAGAGGUCGGCAAGCAAAUUUAGCAGAAAGCCCAGCACAGUUAUUGCUUGAAGCAGCCUCUGCUAAGCAAGCCCCAAGCAAAAAAGUGGUUCUGGAUCAGCAAAACCAGACAGUUGUAAAACCUUCUGUUGAUGCAAGGGUUGCAACAAAAACUUCUGUUGAUGGUUUAAAUAAGGCUUCAUUGUCUGCUAGAAUUUCUAGUCCUGUGAAGCAGAGGGAAUAUAGACGGCCUGAUGGUAGAAAGAGGAUUAUUCCAGAAGCUGUUGGGGUGCCUCUCCAGCAGGAAAAUAUAUCUGUUGGGCCUCAGUCGCAGGCUCUUGACUUCCCUCCAAUGCCUUCUGAUAAAAAAAAUGAUGAUAAUGGGUUAGCCGCUGCUGAUAGUGGCAUUAGAGACAGUUCUGUUAGGGGAACACUUGUUAGGAGCACUGAAAUAAAGGAGGGACAUGGGGUCACUGCUAGAGCUAUGAUUACCAAAAGCCUGGUUAUUGAGAAGGUUACCGCAUCCACAGGCAGAGAUGAAAGCAUAACUGUGGAGCAGUCGGGAAAUGCCAAGGCUUCUAGUUCGCUAGGCGCUUCUUGUUCCACUCUUUCAAUUAGGGUGUUCGAUAAGAAAGAAGGGGAAGAUACUGUACCAAUUUGCUUGGAAGCUCAACCCCGAGAACAAGCUGCAAACGACAUUGUUGGCAUGGGAAAUACAUUUAUCAUGAAAGAAACAGAAAUUACUUGCACAAGGGGGUUGCAAAUUCUUUGGUCGGAUAGGAUAUCUGGGAAAGUCACUGUUUUAGCUGGAAAUGCAAACUUCUGGGCUGUUGGCUGUGAGGAUGGAUGCAUACAGGUUUACACAAAAUGCGGGAGACGUGCUAUGCCAACUAUGAUGGUAGGAUCUGCAGCAAUAUUUAUAGAUUGUGAUGAGUGCUGGAAGUUGUUUUUGGUUACAAGAAAAGGAUCUUUUUAUGUGUGGGACCUAUUCAAGCGGAACUGUCUUCUUCAUGAUUCGUUGGCAUCUCUGGUUGCUUCAAACCCAAACCCAUCUGCAAAAGAUGCAGAUGUGCUUAACGUCCUGUACACUGUGGCUGUUGGCUUUUAUACAUCCUUUCCAGGUGUGAUCAAAGUUAUAUCAGCAAAGCUAUCAAGAUCUGGUUCUCCUCUUGUUGUUCUUGCCACUCGCCAUGCCUUCCUCUUUGACAUGGGCCUGAUGUGCUGGCUUAGGGUUGCAGAUGACUGCUUUCCUGGGUCAAAUUUUUCAAGCUCCUGGCAUUCAGGUUCAACUCAGAGUGGUGAGCUGGCAGCUUUGCAGGUUGAUGUUCGGAAAUAUGUGGCCAGGAAGCCAGGUUGGAGCAGGGUGACUGAUGAUGGAGUGCAGACACGUGCUCAUUUGGAAGCUCAGUUGGCUUCUUCACUGGCUUUAAAGUCCCCUAAAGACUAUCGUCAAUGCCUUCUUUCAUACAUACGCUUCCUUGCGAGGUAUUUAUUUUUGCCUCCCUUGUGCUCCUCUUUUUCUCUGAGUUGCUCUAUUUGCACAUACAUAACACGUUGCUAG